GGUGUUAGUCCCGCCCCCGCUAUGCAGAGUGAAUGCGUGGUGAGAGAUGUGCGUCGUUUGACGUCGUAUUCGCGAAUCACAUCGUUGCGAAUACCGUCGUAACACUUUUAUGCUAGAGUUAUGCAGCCUAGAAGACUUGCAACGCGUCCACGACAGGAAUGCCUUCUUAUCAGCUCAAUUUGAAAUGGUUCCAGCUACAUUCAAUAGGCACGAGGCCUGACAAUGUUGUCUCCACAACCAGCCGGCCCUAGUGCCGUGCCGUACACGUGGGCACGUUGUGAUGACGACCUUAUAUCGGUAUAUAGGGAUCCGAAGGGUUAGUUAUGCUUCCCCGAAUAAAUAAUGCUGCUGUGUAUGAAUAUUCAGCCCAUUACUUAUAUAUGCUGGAUCCGGCUAUCUUCCCACCCUCAGCUCAAAGCUGAAGAGUGUACACUACGAAGCACUCGACUCUCCGACGUUUUGUGUCCAUUCACCCAGGAGACAUGGAGGCGAUACGGAAAUUUUCCCUAGCCACAGGGGUUCCUGUGACUGUGCAGGUAAUCGGCGCCGUCAUUUUGCUCACCAUCGCGCACUCCUACAUUACCAAACGAAGACCCUGGGCCGGUUUCCCUCUUAUAAGUGUGCGUGGAAAAGGACCGCGGUCGAGCUGGAGGUCUCAUGGCCAUGAGGUUCUGAAGGAAGGUGUCAAGAAGACAAAUGGACCUUUCCAGAUCAUGACAGGUACUGGACCCAAGCUCGUCUUGCCCAACAGAUACGCCGACGAGCUUCGCAACGCACCAGAGCUCAACUUUUCCAAGGCUUUUGAAGAUGAUUUCUUCCCAAACUACCCGGGCUUUGAACCCCACAAACAGUCCUUCCACAACGACGUUAUCAAGGAUACCGUCCGUAUCAAGCUAACACAGUCGCUGGGCUUGGUGACCAGUGAUCUUGUCGAGGAAACACGGCUUGUCGUGGAUGAUGUAUACGGACAGGAUGAGGGGUGGGCUACGAGAAAGAUCAGAGAGGAUUUGCUCCAGAUUGUUGCACGCGUGUCCUCGCGGGUAUUUCUGGGCGAGCAGCUAUGCCGAAACCAAAGAUGGCUUGACAUCUCGAAGACCUUCACCGUGGACACCUUUGUACUGUCGCAUCUUAUGCGUAUGGUGCCCGCCAUUGCGCGACCUUUCGUGUACCUAGUGCUGCCCCAUUCUGGGAGACUCCGGGGAGCAGUGCGAGAUGCCUAUAAGAUGAUCCAUCCAGAAGUCCUGAAGCGAAAGGCAGCCGUUGACGAAGCUAAGGCGGCGGGUCUGAAGCCGCCCAAGGUUGCCGAUACCCUCGGUUGGAUGUACGAAGUGGCAAAGGGCGAGGAUCUGAAUUUCGCCUACGGCCAGCUCACGCUGACUAUGGCUGCUAUUCACACGACGACUGAAUCGGCGGGCCGUGCUCUGCUUGAUAUCUGCAAAUAUCCUGAGAUUGCACAGCAACUGCGUGAUGAGAUCAUCGACGUGGUAGGCCGGGAAGGCUGGGCGAAGACAACCUUAUAUAAGCUCAAGUUGAUGGACAGUUUCCUGAAAGAAAGCCAGAGAGUCACACCCUUAGCGAUCACGUCCAUGAACCGCUUCGUUGAGAGACCCUUAACGCUCUCCGACGGCGUCACACUACCCAAAGGCGCCAAAAUCACGGUGAUAGGCGACUUUUCGAAUCCAGAUGUCUACCCAGAGCCUGAGAAAUUUGACCCCGCACGCUUCCUAAAGAAGCGCCAGGAGCCCGGUCAAGAGCACGGCUGGCAGUUCGUCACGACGAGCGCGGCGCACAUGAACUUCGGACACGGCGAACACGCGUGCCCGGGCCGCUUCUUCGCCUCUAACGAGAUCAAGAUCAUUCUCUGCCACAUGCUGAUGAAGUUCGACUGGCGCUUCGUCCCUAACGAACCUGAGCCCGAGCCUCAGAUCUUCGAGUCCACCAUGGCCGUCAAAGCCGAUACACAGAUCCAGGCUCGGCGUAGGAAACCUGAGCUCGACCUUGACAACCUAUGAAGGAGUUAAAGAAGAGCAAGUCUCUGUUUCCUUUCUAAGCUGUCGUUUUAGUACGCGUGGUCGAAGUCUCAACUGAAGGGCUGUACCGUUCAACCCCCGGACCAGGAGCACCGUCCGUCCGAGGACCCUUGUUGCUAAGCCGUAUUCUACCGUAUUUACGGACCUUUCCGAGCUUGCCCUGCGCUAGCUAGUAGGUAUAUGUAUGGCAAAAAGGACCCUGCGUACGAGUAAGCUGAGGCUGAAGUACGCAGUUCG